AUGAGUGGAGAACUUGUGCUAAACGUCAAUGAAUAUGCACACUCGUCAGAUUUCCAUGCUAAUUCCAAUCAGACCAUGUGGAUUAUUAGUGAUUGGUCUUAUCCAGAUAACAGGUCCCAAAGGAACUUUGAUCAAUGGUCAACAGUAUCGAAUCUAGAAAAUACAUUGCAAGAACAAAUAUCUGUCGUAGAAAUAAAUACAAUAACAAACAAUAAUGUGAAUUCAAAUCACAACAAGCCGAAAAUAUGCGAUUGGCCUUAUUCAGAUAAUGAGUCACGAAAUGACUUUGAUCAAUGGUCAACAGUACCAAAUCUAGAAAAUACAUUGCAAGCACAAAUGUCUGUCCAAGAAAUAAAUACAACAACAAACAAUAAUUCGAAUUCAAAUCAAUAUUAUCGUUCAACUUCAACAUAUACGUUUCAAAGUGAACUCACCAUUGGUUCAAUAUCCGAAGAAAAUGAAAAACAACGUCGUCCAUGGUUUAUUU